AUGAACGUCUCUAUUCUGGACAUCGCCUGCUAUUAUCCCAAACGAGACGUGGUCGUGCCGCCCUUGCUGACUCAGACACACGUCAUCCCCCCCAAGGGCAUACCCACCACGGCUUCUGAGACUUCUGCUCCCAUCUCUGCUUCUGCUGCUGCUGAUUCUGCUGCUGAUGAUGCAGCUGAUGCUGCCACCUAUGGCGGUCGUACGAUCCGUGUGCUGUUGGUGACGUCAGCGAGCAGCAUUGCUGACGCGAGCAGCGACAGCAUCAAGGUUGAACGCAUGCACCAUAACUACGCGGUGGAGAAGUGGUUGAUCGAGCUGCACACGUCCCAUGCAGCAGCCAUUUACGGGUGGAAGGUGGUGUUUCGAGGCGACGGCGAGGAGACACUUUUGGGAAUUCUCACUCACCAUUCCCUGGUCGCACUCCCCUCUCCCUCCCCCCCACCCACACACACGCACAGCUAUACACGUCCCAUGCAGCAGCCAUUUACGGGUGGAAGGUGGUGUUUCGAGGCGACAGCGAGGAAGCUGGGUCUGUACACAUCCCACGCAGCAGUCAUCAACGGGUGGAAGGUGGUGUUUCGAGGCGACAGCGAGGAGGCUGGGCUGGGCGCUGCUGCUGGCGAUAGUGCCGGUGGUGCUGAUGGUGGUGGUGGUGGUGGUGCCGCUGCUGCUGGCGAUAGUGCUGGUGGUGUUGCUUCUGCUGCUGGUGCUGGUGCAGCUGCUGCUGCUGCUGCUGGCGGUGCAGCUGGUGACAACAGCGAGUGGGGCGAAAGUGUCUUCUGCCUCGUGCCUCCCAGUCGGGCGCAGUGGACCGUGCAGCUCGCCAAGGCAAUCCUCUCAGGCUGCAUCCCAGUGACGUUCCUCCGUGCCAACGACAACCCCUGGGCUGCAUCCCUCCACCACCAAAAAGCAGCACCAUCAUCCGCCACUGCCACUGCCCCUGCCUCUGCCGCACCCACCGCCCCCUCCUCUCUCAACUACCCGCUCUUCUCGCUCAACGUCGACCCGGCGGAUCUCCACUCGCUCCCCCGCAGGCUGCAGGACGCGUUUGACCAGCCGGGGCUCGUCGCCAGGCUGCAGCACAACCUGGGGCUCGUGCAGGUGGGGCUCGUGCAGGUGGGCACUGGGGUGGGUGGGAGUGCAGGUGAGGCUCGUGCAGGUGGGCACUGGGGUGGGUGGGACUGGGAAAGGUGA